AUGCCGUCUUCCUCGUUCGGAGAAAAGAAAGCAUCCAAACCUGGUGGGGUCGAAGACUCACCGAGUUUCACAAGGGAAGAUCCAAAAGCAAGGUGGAGUCUUUUGAAAAGCCGGGUCUCGUGUGACAGCGGAAUCACUGCCGAAUGUCCACAGUUGGGAUUCAAGGAGCUGCUGAAACCUUUAAAUCCGGAUUAUAAUGCGAGGACAGUUGAUGUGUCCUCAAACGGGCCGUCGAGAAUGGCCCGCGUCGAAGAAGAAAUCGGGCAAAUGGAAAGUGAGGUUGCCGCCGCUCUUCCUCCGCAUGUCGGUGCAAACGACAGCCCGAAGAUCCUUGUUGCUGUUGCUGCCCUGGUGUAUGCUGGUCGUGGGGUCGAUGAUGUCGUCGUUCUUUUUAUUACUGGCCAUCACCGCCACCGACUUAUUUUUCUUGCUGUCGGGCGUCGGCGGGAGGAAGAUGGAGAAGAGCACGGGCAAGAAGAUGAGUCCGUGGAGCACGCCGAGCACAACGACGAGUGCCGUGAGAGCGAAGAAGACGCGGAACACGUAGGACUCGAUGAGCCCGAGCAGCGAGAUGGCCAGGAAGGUGGACAGGCCGCCCUGGACAAUGGGCACGCCGACGUGGGCCAGGGCGUCGUCCACGCGGGCCGCACUCGUCGUGGCCGGGGAGUGGAUGUAGGCGUGGGACACGUGGGCCGAGAAGUCCACUGA